CUCUAGCGUCUAGCUCAACUAGCACAAGGUGCUCUGCUGUUUGCAUAUAUUGUACUUGGAUAUGUAAUUCUUAUCUACAUAUUUCAACAUCCGACUUUCUCCUAUUUGAAACAUUAAUUUAUAAUUUCAAGGGAGUCUUGUGUCUUUCCACCUUACCUAAAUAUAUAACCACCUCACAUCGACUUAUAAUAAGUCACCUUAGCCACUUAUACACUUCCAACAUCUACACACCUUGUACGCACCUAAAAAUCGGUCAAGACCAGUAACGUGCUGCCACCCACCGACUCUCCCCACCUCGUGUCUGCAGCGUCGUCAGCUGUGAAUUGGAAAUACCACAUACCCGAUCUGGAUACUCAAUACCUGCUCUAUCCAAUUGUUCCUCGUAUCGAAACCCUCGCUCUUAUAAGCCCGCGCAGCCGCCUGGUGCCGAGGUGAUUGUCCAACUUGAUGCUCGCGGAAAUCCUGGAUAGAAGAUGCGGUUGACCUUCUGCCGGCAUGUCGCGCUCCUUUCGAUAGCUGCGACCACACUUGCGCUCGCUGAUUCCAUCGUUAAUCCGCUCGAGUACGGGACCUUCGAAGACUUCUCUCCCGUCCAUAAGAGAGCGAUCGAUUGCCCCGAUAAUUUUUUCAGUUGCGAGGAUCGGGGUCCCGUCUUCGAAGGAACUUGUUGCCAAAAUGGACAGCUAUGUGCUUUAGAUGCCUAUAGCUCAGCGGCCUGUUGCCCUACUACAGCAACGUGUACUGGAGUAGCGCCAACCGGCACAACACCCUCUGUGUCCUACGUGAGCAAUACGUACUUCUCAUUUCCAUAUAUACCGACAUCGUUUGCGAACUCGGUAGCAUGUACAUCAGCUCUUAACCAGUGCUCGAGGAAUUACGCAUCGUGUGUUUCGGGUUUAGGUGGAAGUAGCGCGGCUUAUGGCGUGACCAUCGUGGUUCCGGGAGGCGGCGGGACGACAAUUGCUGCCACGCAAGCUACCGGACUUCCGGCGCCGUCGGCAACAUCUGUUUGCUCAAGCCUAUCAUCCGAGGCUUGUUACAACUUGCAUAGUGCUCAAUGCACGCAAGCUGGCACAACCGGGGGUUUCAUCAUCGGCACCGGAAAUGCCGCCGCACGACCUACCGCUGCUUCUAUAAUUACCGUCGUCGCCGGCAUUGGAUUGAGUCUCGUUGGAGGUUAUAUAUGAGCGCUCGUCGAACGACUAUCAUUCAUAGCUAGGUACCUAAGACGACUUGAAUCUUCAACUGGCCUGCUGAUGUGCUCGGGGAUCCCGAGGAUCCAAAUAUUGAUGGAAUGACGUCACGAAUUGUUAUGGCCCUUUUCUAAAUGUGUAUAUUUGGCUGGCAUAUCUAGAUAUGUGCCUAUAAUAUGGGGACUUGGGGCUUUGCAAAUAGAAACGGAACGAAUGAAGGAACGUUUUCCUUGGACAUUGGGGGAUUGGGAUGGGGAUGGGGACGGCAUCUCAUUUACAUAGUGGGUUAUCAAAAUGAAUGAAACAAUAAUGAACAACUCUUUCAUCAUAAC